AUGCCGCCACGGAGCCGCAAGGGUACAAAAUCUCGCUCCGCAUCGCCUGCACCUCGGACGCCCGGGAGGACUAAAAAGAGUCCCGUCACUCCCAGAACUAAAACACCAGUGACGAAUAAAAACCGCUCCUACGAGUGGGGAGGCCCUCUGGGAGCACUUGGGAUGGUGGUGCUUCUGCCGCUCACAGUUAUUGGUCUCAAUGUCUUGUGCUCAGAAAAUUCGUGUAGUGUGCAUAAUGUAUGGGACCUUCCCGCAAUGAUAUUGUUGGCAUUGGAUGUGGGAGUGCCGCGAUUGGUACUGGCACUUGGUGUCGAGUUGUUGUGGAUGGCAUUUCAUGCACUUCUUUACAUUACUCCGGUUGGAAAGCAAGUGAAGGGUGUGAAACUCUCUGAUGGAACAUGUCUCACGUACAAUAUCAACGCGUUGCAUGUGUUCACACUUGUACAUGCUAUUUUGGGUAGUAUGCACUACGCUGAUGUGAUUCGUCUAGCCUGGCUGGCUGACAUGUUUAUGCCACUCAUGGUGGCUGCCAUCAUCAUUUCUGUUUUUAUGAGCAUCGUGCUAUACGUCGCUUCCUUCCGCUCUUCUCAGGUGUCGUUUUCCCCCGGAGGAAACACUGGAAACUACUUAUACGAUUUCUGGGUUGGCCGUGAGCUCAAUCCACGUACGGGUUCGCUUGACUGGAAGUUUAUGUGUGAACUGCGUCCCGGUCUCAUUGGUUGGAGCGUCCUGAAUUGGGCAUUUGUGGCAAAAGCGAUGGAGGUCGGUACAUGCUCGCCCAGCAUUAUUGUGGUUGCCCUGCUAGAGUCUUUCUAUGUGUUGGACGGGCUUCUUUAUGAAGAGGGAAACCUCACCAUGAUGGACAUCGUGCAUGAUGGUUUUGGGUUUAUGCUGUGCUUCGGCGAUUUGGCGUGGGUACCUUUCACUUAUACACUGAAAGCAAAGUUCCUGGCUUAUCAUGCCUCGCAGCUGAGCUACAUGCACGUAGGCAUUUGCGCUGCGGUGGCGCUUGUUGGCUACGCUGUGUUUCGUGGCUCAAACAAUCAAAAAAGUCGUUUUCGACAAAAUCCAAAAGAUCCAGCGAAUGCGGCGCUGAAGGUUAUGCAUACGUCCAGCGGCAAAUCGCUGAUUGUGUCGGGCUACUGGGGCGUGUGCCGCCAUCCGAAUUAUGUAGGGGAUUGGCUUAUGACCCUUUCAUGGUCAGCACUUACGGGGUUUACGGAACCACUGCCAUACUUUCAGCCAGUGUAUUUUGCUCUGCUUUUGAUUCACCGCCAAUUGAGGGACGAAGAGCAGAUGCGUGAAAAGUAUGGUGCAGAAGAUAUGCACAAAUUCCAUAGAAUAGUUCGUUAUCGCUUGAUCCCAUACGUCUAUUAG